GGGCUGGGACGUCUGGUGGUGGCUCUCAUGCAGGAACUAACGAGGAUGAAGCAAGAACACACGCGAUUGGAGGCGGCUCUCGCGGCCAAGGCGGACGACUAUAACAAGCAGGUCUCGAAGCUAUACGAGGAGCUGGAGUGCCAGAUCAGCGGAGAGAGGUCAAAGGUGGCCCUCGAACACAGCCAGAAGGAGGCGCGCGCUCUCGCCAGUCUGGAAACCGAGGUAGCCGAGAGGGAGGCAGCGCUGCGAAGUCUGGAGGAAGAGCAGCUGAAGAUGAGGCAGAGACUUGAGCAGGUCCUGGCAGCUGAGACCGCAGCACGAAGCGAGAAUUCGUUCCUCUCGCAGCAUGUGGAGAAGCUCGAGGCCGACUUGAACCGCCGAGAGUUCGAAGUGCAAGAGCUACAGUCCACCCUCGACGCCCUCAAGCACAGGACUAAGGAAGAGAAACGCAGGAGAGCUCACCAAGCCUUCAAGGUGCGCUGUUGCCAAAUGUUGUGAGGUUGAAAAGUGUUG